CCCAGGAAAGGAGCAGAUGAUAUGGCAGCUUUGUGAGCGGCCAGGUGGAACUCGCUUUUGUUUAAUCGGGCUGACAGCGGAACAUGAGUACACUCUAACCCGCACGCCGCAGCGGGGGAUCCGAAGAUGAUAUACCUGAUAUUACUGUCUGCCUUCUCCGGGGCCGUCGUCACGCUCCUCCUGCAGCUCUUACUGCUGUACCGGAGGAGCCCCGAGCCUGUCGCCAGAACAGUGCAAUAUGUCAAAGUAGUUCCUGAUCCCGCGCUCAAGGAUUACUUUAGCAACCAGCAAGCCGAUUUAGCGCCGCAACAACCGGACAGCCCGUCGCCAGUUUCCAAACAACCGGAGGCCGCUAUUCCCAAGCAGCAAGAGACCCCCGUCCCCGGCAGCAGCCCCAAACAGCAGCCAUCCUCGCCGCCACCGCCUUCCCUGGGCGACCCUCAGCACAGCUCCAAAGCCGAGACAUGCGACUUCCUCAAUGCCAUCAUUCUGUUUUUAUUCCGCGAGCUCCGAGACACGCCGGUUGUCCGGCACUGGAUCACCAAAAAGAUCAAGGUAGAGUUUGAGGAGCUCCUCCAGACCAAGACCGCCGGGCGCCUGCUGGAGGGGCUCAGUCUGCGGGAUGUUUCCCUGGGCAACUCGGUGCCUGUUUUCAAAACAGCCAGACUUAUGAAACCCGUGGCUGUCAACGAAGACAACAUGCCGGAGGAGCUGAAUUUCGAGGUUGACUUGGAAUAUAACGGCGGCUUUCAUCUGGCCAUCGACGUCGAUCUGGUUUUCGGUAAAUCGGCUUAUCUGUUCGUCAAGAUGACCCGGGUCGCAGGCCGCCUGAAGCUGCAGUUCACCCGCAUGCCUUUCACGCACUGGUCCUUCUCGUUCCUGGAGGACCCGCUGAUAGACUUCGAGGUGAAGUCUCAGUUUGAGGGUCGUCCUCUGCCUCAGCUCACCUCCAUCAUAGUCAACCAACUCAAGAGAGUCAUCAAGAGGAAGCACACCUUACCAAACUACAAAAUAAGGUACAAGCCCUUUUUUCCUUUCCAAGUGCAGCCACCUCUGAUGUCGUCAUGUGACCUUGACAUCUCCAUCCGAGACACAUUAUUGGUGGAGGGGCGUCUACGGGUCACACUUGUUGAAUGUAGCAGGUUGUUUAUCCUGGGCUCAUAUGAAAGGGAGACGUACGUUCACUGCACUUUCGAGCUCAGUUCUGACGAAUGGAGGGAAAAAACUCGUAGCUCCAUCAAAGAGACGGAGGUGAUCAAAGGACCAUCUGGGAGUGUGGGAAUGACAUUCAGGCAUGUUCCAGCUAGUGAUGGUGACACGGUGCAUGUUAGCAUAGAAACUGUCACCCCAAACUCCCCAGCUGCCCUGGCGGAUUUACAGAGAGGAGAUCGCCUCAUUGCUAUUGGAGGAGUCAAAGUGACAUCCUCUGUCCAAGUGCCGAAGCUGCUAAAACAAGCUGGAGAGAGAGUGAUAGUCUUGUAUGAGAGGCCUGUUCGGCACCAUGUGCCUACUGGAGGUCUUGGGAUGCUCCAAGAAACCCUAGGCCCAAUGGAGGAGCCCAGCUAUCUUCCACAACCUGGGGGUUAUGAGGAGGACCCAGCCCCAAUAACCACAAUGGACAUAUCUGAAAAUAAAGACAAUGACUCUGAGUUUGAGGAACUGAAUGUCGAGUCCAAAACAGCUGCAGCACCAGUCACCAUUGACAAUAAGGAGGAUUUCCUGCUCUCUGUAAACCAAAGUCCCAAAAAAACUGUGGCCAACCUGGCCAAGCCCCUUGGUUCCAUUUCGCCAAUUCUGAACCGCCGGCUGAACCUUCAGUCCCCUCUUAAAACCCAGCCCAAAGAAUCACCAAAACCCCCAACUCUCAAAAAUGCAGAACCUUCUGAACAACCACAGAGACCAACAGUGCCCCCUCCUCCACCACCUGCACGCCCUCCUGUUCCUCCGAGGCCUCAUAUAAAGGUCACAUCUGCCUCUUCAGAAACCCAAAGCCUGGUAGAAGGUAAUGAACCUGCAGUGGAAAAAAGCCCAGAAAAAACACAGCCAAAUACUGGCAAUGGGGAAAAGCCAGUAGAGAAAAUCCCUGUUAAGCCACCAGAGCCGAAGCCUGUCAGCAAGCACCCAGAACCCACAGAGGACAUUCUAAAUAUUCCAGCCACAAACAAACAAGAUUCAGCCAAAGACAAGAUAUCCGAGAGCUCGUCCAACACUAGGGACAGUGUUGAUGAGCAGGGUCUCUGGGAAUCAUCUGAGACCAUGUACCGCAACAGGACUGCUCGCUGGAACAAAGCCUCUGUGAUCUUUGAGGUGGAAAGCAACCAUAAAUUCCUUAAUGUAGCACUUUGGUGCAAGGACCCCUUCAAGCUUGGUAGUCUCUUGUGCUUGGGGCAUGUCAGCUUGCGCUUGGAACAUCUAGCACUGGAAUGCAUAUCUACGUCAUCUGCUGAAUAUCAGAGCACCUUCCGUCUUUGUGCUCCUGAACCAAGGGCCAGCGUUAGCCGUACCGCUUUGCGUAGCUUAAGCACUCACAAAGGUUUCAACGAGAAACUGUGUUAUGGAGAUGUUACGCUCAACUUCACUUACCUGGCGGAUGGGGAGUCAGACCUCUCCAGUGGACUUACGGAACGUGAGCGGGAAGGGAGUCUUCAGGAAGACGACUUAAAAGAUCGAGAAAGAGAACGGGAGCAGGUGCUUAUGGUAACACGGGAUGAACCAAGUUACAGCGGCAUGCAGAUUGGAGAGAUGCGGCACAAUUUCCAAGACACUCAAUUCCAGAAUCCAACGUAUUGUGAGUAUUGCAAGAAGAAGGUGUGGACCAAGGCUGCCUCACAGUGCAUGAUCUGUUCUUAUGUCUGCCACAAGAAAUGUCAAGAGAAAUGUCUAUUGGAGCACCCUUAUUGCGUAGCCGCCUCAGACCGGCGUGGGGCAGACCCAGAGGCUAAGUCCACAAUCAACCGGGCAACAACUGGCCUUACACGUCACAUUAUCAACACUAGCUCUCGACUUCUCAAUCUGAGACAGGUGCCCAAAGCCAGACUUGCUGAGCAGGUUGUAGACAUGGGAUCAGGUGUGGUGGAACCUUCUCCGAAACACACACCUAACACAUCUGAUAACGAGAGCAGUGACACAGAGACCUAUACUGGGGCCAGUCCAUCUAAGCAGCCGGCUGGCAGCAGUGGCUCAAAACUUGUCCGCAAGGAAGGUGGGCUGGACGACAGUGUCUUCAUUGCUGUCAAAGAGAUCGGUCGAGAUCUUUACCGUGGCCUCCCGACUGAUGAGCGUUCACAAAAAUUAGAGUUAAUGCUGGACAAGUUGCAGCAGGAGAUUGACCAGGAGCUGGAACAUAACAACUCGCUGAGCACUGAAGAGCGAGACACUAUUGACUCUCGACGCAAGACCCUCAUCACUGCUGCUCUAGCCAAGUCUGGUGAACGACUCCAAGCUUUGACUCUGCUCAUGAUACACUACCGUGCUGGCAUCGAAGACCUAGAGUCUGUAGAAAGCACCUCUCCAUCCGAACAGCAUGGCUUUCCAAAGGCGAAAUCUGAGGGUCUGGAGGAGGCACUGAUGGGCACAGAAGUCUACGACAGUGACAUGUGCAGUCCAGUUGAUGUUCAGAUGCUGGAUGAGAUUACAGAGGAGCAGAUCUGUGUAGAGGCUUUGCCGUAAAGAUGACGACAGGCAUCAGGAGAUUGUGACUGAGGACUUUUUAGCACGCUUGAGUAAAGGUUGACCUGUGAGCAAUUCACAGGUGGGAAAAAGUAUUCCUGAAGAUCACUGCAGUGUACUGUGAUUUGAGGAAUUUUCUGAGUAAAAGUUACCAGAUUUUUUUUUCUUUUUACAUUUAAUUUUUUUAAUAUUUUGUUUCCCCCAGUCACUGUUGUAGAGGACAAACCCAUCAAUAUGUAGACUUACAGCAGUAUUACAUAAAACACACAAAAUAUGCGCUCCCAUUACAUGAUCAAACUGUAUGUUUUACCUGCCUUACCUGAACGGUGCAAUCAGUUUUUUUACAACAAGCUUCAGAAGGGAGAGUCAGUUUGAGCUUGAAUAUGUAUUUGUAUUCAAACUUUGUGUACUGAUAGAAAUUGAAUUGCAUACAUGUGUGCUAUUGAUGAUGUCCGUGGUUGGAAAUACACCAUGCCCAGUGUGUUUUGAGCUUCUCUGCCUUACACUAUAUCCACUAGAAAAGGUAGAAUUAUCCAGUCCAUAGAACAUGAUGCCAUUCCCAACCAACAUUGUCCUCUUUGCUAAGCACCUUUUCUUAUGUUACUUUACAAUUGUUGCUCAUUUUAAAGCGUAAUUUCUUUAAUGUUUGUUUUUUUAAAAGGUUCAAUGUUGAAUUGAGUGAGAUAAUCUUGAUGUUAUGUUAUUGGGGACCAUUUGUUUUUGAGUAAUUUAUAUGUCACAAUGCCAAUGUGACUUUAUUAUUUUUUUGAGGGAUAUUUAUAUUGCUUUAUAUGUUUCAUAAUAUAUGUUUCCAAUGAUUAUUAUGGUCUCAUUAUAUUUUAAUAUCAAAAUUAAUAUACUUUAAAAACCUUCAUGAGUUCUAAAAGGGUGGCAACUUUUCUUGGCUGUUUGUUUUUAUCCUCAUCAGUUGGUCUGGGUGAAUGGUUAUGCUUGUGUGAAUGUGUUAGCCUUCAUUUUGUUUGAAUUGUCUCACAUCUGUGUGUGCUAGGGCUUGAUUUGCCACUGUUUAAAAGUUAAUUUUACAGAUGUACUAAUGAAUGUAUCUCCAAAAUUACUCUCAUUGCAUUCAUUAUUCCAUUCGCCUCUCAACACAUCAUCUCUCAAAGUGUAAAACUACAUCAUUAAAAGCUCUUGUCAAUACA